UUCAAUGCAAAAACUUGGGCUUCUUUAAUUUUCUCCAUUUCUCGUUGCACAUCAAGGACCCCCAGAUUUAUUAAAUUACAGUUCUCUACCUUUCGUUUCACUGCCACAGCCCACAGGGCAACUGAGAGCAAAAACUAAGCUACAAAAUACAACAUUACAAUCAUACAAGGUUUUAAGCAGGGUUUAAGGCGGCUACUACUUCCCUUCCUCCAUGAAUUCAUCCUCUUCUUCAAAUAUUCCUUUACCAAACUUAUUUUCCUUUGUCCUAAAACCUGCCCAAUCCCAAUCCCAAUCCCAAAAUCCCACUUCAUUUUCAGUUUCACCGUUCAUUCUUCAAUAAUUUGAUGUCCAUCCCCGAAACCCCAUUAAUUUCUUCUAAUCUUUUAUACAAAUUCCAUUACUCUAAUCCCUUUCAUAAUAAUAAACCCACGACUCUUUACCAAAACCCUCCAAGGAUUUCCAGAAUUAUGUGGAGAAACAUAGCUAAACAUGCCAUUUCAAGAACCCGUUGUUCUCAAUGGUUUCCUAGAACUUAUAGCUUUCUGGGUGUUACUCGGGAUUCAGUUUUUCUGGAGAAAUUGAAGUUUGGGUCUUUUUGCUCCAGCUUAGGGUUUCUUGAUAUGGGUGGUAGAAAAAUAGGUGAGGUUUUAGGUAAUGAGGACUGUAUGGGGAAGCCAAAUUUUGGGCUUUUGAGGAAUGAGAUUGGGUGCAGACUUAGAGGAUUGUGCCCAAAUGGAUAUGCUAGUGUGGCAGAGGUGGCUUCGUCGACUGAUGUUGAAGAUGACGUAUCUGCUGUUGAAGAAAUUAAGGAGUUGUUGAAUGAAAUGAAGAAAGAACAUAGGAGAGAGAAUAUAAAUAGGCGUAAAAUUCUUCAAAUACAGGAGACAGGAAUGGGGGGAAACAAGUACCGAAUGUUGAAAAGCAGGCAAGUGAAGAUUGAAACUGAAGCAUGGGAACAAGCUGCAAAUGAGUAUAGGGAACUUUUGAAGGAUAUGUGUGAGCAAAAAUUGGCACCCAAUUUGCCAUAUAUGAAGUCUUUGUUUCUUGGUUGGUUCGAGCCUUUUCGUGAUGUUAUUAUUAAGGAACAAGAGUUGUAUAGGUCAGGGAAACUUAGGGCCGGUUAUGCAGCUUACUUGGACCAGUUGCCAGCUGAUAUGGCGGCAGUCAUCACAAUGCAUAAGUUGAUGGGGCUGCUGAUGACUGGAGGGGAACAUGGAUGUGCUCGGGUUGUGCAGGCUGCUUGCCUGAUAGGUGAUGCCAUUGAGCAGGAGGUUAGAAUACGCAAUUUCUUGGAGAAUACAAGGAAAAAAAAGGUUGAUAAAGAGGAUGAAGAUGGAGGAAGUGAAUCCAAUGCGGCAAUUAAGGAACAAGAGAGGUUAAGGAAAAAGGUGACCAAUUUGAUAAAGAAACAAAAGCUACCAGCAGUGAGGCAGAUAGUGAAGGGACAGGACAACACAAAACCCUGGGGCCAGGAUGCUAAGGCUAAGGUUGGAUGCCAUCUUAUCGAGUUAUUGAUGCGAACUGCUUAUAUACAGCCUCCAGCUGAUCAGUUAGCUGAUACACCACCAGAUAUUCGUCCUGCAUUUCUGCAUUCUUUCAAAACUGUAGUAAAAGAAAACAAGAAAACUGGCAGAAGAUAUGGUGUUAUUGAAUGUGACCCACUAGUCCGCAAAGGGCUCGAGAGAACUGCAAGGCACAUGGUGAUUCCUUAUAUGCCAAUGUUGGUGCCCCCAGUCAAAUGGACAGGUUACGACAGAGGAGCAUACUUGUUCUUACCUUCCUACAUUAUGCGCACACAUGGAGCCAAACAACAACGAGAAGCUGUCAAGAGAACCCCUACGAACCAGCUAGAACAAGUCUUUGAGGCUCUGGAUACACUUGGAUAUACCAAAUGGAGGAUAAAUAAGCGGGUCCUUAAUGUUGUAGAUAGAAUAUGGACUAGUGGAGGCCGUCUUGCUGAUAUGGUGGACCGCAAUGAUGUUCCCUUCCCAGAAAAGCCAGAUACUGAGGAUGAAGCAUUGCUUAGGAAAUGGAAGUGGAAAGUCCGAUCUGUGAAAAAGGAAAACAGAGAGAGGCAUUCACAGCGUUGUGAUAUAGAGCUUAAACUUGCUGUGGCACGGAGAAUGAAAGAUGAAGAAGGUUUCUACUACCCACACAAUCUAGAUUUUCGAGGACGUGCAUAUCCCAUGCACCCAUAUUUGAAUCAUCUUGGCUCGGAUCUUUGUCGGGGUGUUUUGGAGUUUGCAGAGGGUCGCCCUCUUGGAAGAUCUGGCUUAAACUGGCUGAAAAUACAUCUUGCGAAUUUGUUUGCUGGUGGGGUGGACAAACUGUCUCUUGAAGGUCGAUUGGCUUUCACUGAGAAUCAUCUGGAUGAUAUAUUCGACUCUGCAGACAGACCACUUGAAGGAAAGCGCUGGUGGUUAAAAGCAGAAGAUCCAUUUCAGUGCUUAGCUGUGUGCAUUGAUCUCACUGAAGCUUUAAGAAGCUCCUCUCCUGAGACAUUUGUUUCCCAUAUGCCUGUGCAUCAGGAUGGUUCCUGCAAUGGUUUACAACACUAUGCUGCACUUGGAAGAGACAAGUUGGGAGCAGCUGCAGUCAAUCUGGUUGCAGGUGAAAAACCAGCAGAUGUUUACUCAGGAAUAGCUGGCAGAGUGCUUGAUAUCAUGCGGAUUGAUGCACAGAAGGAUCCUACAGUUUUUCCAGAUGCAUUGCUUGCAAAAAUAUUGGUUAACCAGGUGGAUAGGAAACUGGUGAAGCAGACAGUGAUGACCUCAGUCUAUGGUGUAACUUAUAUUGGGGCACGAGAUCAAAUCAAGAGGAGGUUGAAGGAACGUGGUGUAAUUACUGAUGAAAGAGAACUCUUUGUUGCUUCUUGUUAUGCUGCUAAGACAACGUUAACUGCCUUAGGUGAGAUGUUUCAAGCUGCAAGAGCUAUAAUGAGCUGGCUUGGUGAAUGUGCAAAGAUUAUUGCAUCUGAAAAUCAGCCAGUGAGCUGGACAACUCCACUUGGACUGCCUGUUGUACAACCAUACCGAGCCUUAGGAAGGCAUCUUAUAAAAACUUCCCUUCAGGUUUUAACUCUGCAACGCGAAACUGAAAAGAUUAUGGUCAAACGACAGAGGACAGCUUUCCCUCCAAAUUUUGUUCACUCCCUGGAUGGCUCUCAUAUGAUGAUGACUGCAAUUGCCUGUAAAAAAGCAGGCUUAACCUUUGCAGGAGUUCAUGAUUCAUACUGGACACAUGCAAGUGAUGUGGAUAAAAUGAACAAGAUACUAAGAGAAAAAUUUGUUGAACUCUACGAAAAACCAAUAUUGGAGAAUUUGUUGGAAAGCUUUCAGCAGUCUUUCCCUGCAUUGUCUUUUCCUCCUUUACCUGAAAGGGGAGAUUUUGAUCUAAGAGACGUGUUAGACUCACCCUAUUUCUUCAACUAAUCUCAUAUCUUGGCCUUUGAUUUCAUCUGAGCCUAGACCCUAAGAGCAACCCCAUGCUUUGUGCUACCUCUGGUUCUGUGUGAAUAUACAACCAGUCGAACAAGGUGAAUUAUCACGAGAAAAUUAUCCAGUAAGGAGUUGCUGCUUUACUCUUUGUAUGGCAUUGUGAAAGAUGUUCAUGGUAUGUAAUGUAAGGCCUCAAUACCGGAGGAAUUAGUUACAGUUUGUACAGUUAGCAUGUAAAUCAGAGCUAGUAGAGACAAAUCUUAAAUGGAGGCAUUUGCCUGCCCUCACUGAAGUCCUAUUUUUUGUUAUUAGGUAAUAAUACCAUGUAAUUAUUACAAGUUCAAAAUGAUGUAUACGAGAGUAAAGCAUUCAGUAAAAAGAAUUUGAAGAAAAA